AUGUUCAAUAACAACCACCACAACUACCUCGUGCCUGUGAAGCCAGCAACGAGGGACGACCCGCGGAUUCCUCGUGCGCAGGACACGCAGCUCCCUCGUGGAGAAUGCAGCUUCGUUGUGCCCGCUGCGACGCUAGGCGGUGCGCGAGAGCGAUGCUCGUGCCGCAGCUUCUUCCCGGACUCGCUGGUACGCUCGCAAUGCGGCUGCGGCCAUCAGGCCUGGCAUCACGAACCGGAACCAAUCUCUACCGCCAUGGCAGAUCAACAUGAUCUUGUCGUGGCGGAACUGAGGCGCCUGAGGGAGGAAGUGAAGAAGCAUGAGCACCUGGAGCACAAGCUGAAGCAGGAACUCUUCAAAGAGCGCAUGGCUAGGGAGGAGCACUUCCGCACCUUCAAGGCUAUCGAGGCGCGCAUGUACGCCAACAUGCAACAUAUGAAAGUGCACAUGGACGACAAGGUCGAAGCAGUGGUGGACAAGACGCAGGAGUUCAAUGACCAGAUGAAGGCCAUGCAAGAGCGGUUGACCUUGGUUGACGAUGUCACUAUGGAACUCGAGAACAGGAUGGACCGCAUAGAAAUAGCCAGUGGGUCCUCAAGAGAGCCGACACCGGGAGCAGCGACACCGAAGCCUCUGCUUUCUCCGCCCAAAUCGGUGCCCCCUGUGCCUUCAUUGCCAUUGCUCAUGCACUCACAGCCCUUACUGGGUCAACUGCCUAUUCGCAACGACAAGAAGUAUCCAUUGUCGUGGAGCGCACGAGUCAUCUUCGUGCCGCGCAAAAGUCAAAAGUUCGCCUACGAUCCAGACAGCAACGGCUACAAGCGGUGUGCCACACGCAAGUUGCAGCAGACCAUGAACUUUCCCAGCCAGGACAGCUCGUGCUUUGCGAAUUGCAUCGAGACCACGUUCAAGGGUAUCCUCCGCGGUCGACCAUGGAUGCCCCUGACAGCCCAUCGUCCUGCCGACGAGCCGUUUGGGCGUAUGGCGCUUGCACUCCUUCCUUCAGACCUCACCCACCGCAGUGUAUGGGAUUACCCAUUCCUCGAGGAUCAUUGCAUCGCGCACGACAAGAUGCAAGGUGACAUUCUGUACAUUGCCCUACAAUUCGAAGACGUGACAUGGAACGAGAUUCGCUUCUUACCGGCCAUUCUUGGCGCAGAUGACUCUUGCUGGAAGCACGACGAAGAGUUGGACGGGAACGCAAAGUACAAGAGCCUGGAUUCCGAAAUAAUGUACGAUUACCAGGACCCUCCACCUACCUAUUCAUCUCGAACUCACUCGAUGGCGGAUAGGGCGCCCUCGAAACUGGAUGUCCUUGCCGAUUCCGCCUCGAUGCUGAGCCCCAUUGAGCGCCUACAGACGCGAUCGAGCCACUACUCCUCAGAGCGCAGUAGCCUGCGUAGCUUCUCGACAGAAGAGACGGCUAGUUACGAAGGCACCGAAGAUGACGAGCAUCGCGACAAGAAGCCCAAGCUCAGAUCGAAGCAGUCGAUGCCUGGCGUCAACAGUGCAGGCCAUGCGCCGUCGCCGCUUUACGUUUCCGGCCGCUCCAAGCGAAAGAUGCCCGUCCGCGAGAAGGGCCCCAAAGAACCAUUGCACUUUAGCGUGUCCAACGUCACGAAGUGGCGACCCAACCUCCUCCACACUUCGUCGAAGGGCAAGGAAGCGAUACAGGAAUAA